GUUGUGGUCCAUGGAUAAGUUUGGGGGCGGAAAAGUAUUAGAUGAAUGAGAGAAGAGAGAUGGGAAGGAGAAGAGUGGGGAAGGAAUCAAAGUCAUACACGCUUCCAUCAUCACCGUCUCACUCAUUCUCCUCAAGAUCUUCUUCAUCCUCAGACUUCGAGUUCACCAUCUCAGUCUCGCCACGCAAAUCCUCCACGGCUCUGUGCCCCGCUGAUGAGCUCUUCUACAAGGGCCAGCUUCUGCCUCUUCACCUCUCCCAACGCAUCUCCAUGGUCCGCACUCUCCUCCUCUCCUCCUCCAGCACCUCCUCCACCUCCACCACCGCACGUGACUCCACCGGCAGCAGCUCCUCCUUCACCAGCGACCUCGCCCUCUUCCCCGACUGCGACUCCUCUCGCCCCAGCUCCGUAACCGAUCAGGACGACGACUUCAAACGCCUCCACAACCCCAACCCUUCUUCUUCCUCCAUCUCCAAGCAGGAUCACGUCAAGAAAACCCUCAAGUACUUCUCCUUCUCCAGAUUCUCCUCCGUUUUCCGCAAGGAAAACACCACCACCAAAACCCGUGACCUCGACAACGCCGCCUCUUCUAAUAACAACUCCUCGGUCAAGCGAAUGAGCGUCACCGCCAGGGAGGUUAUCAGGAAGUAUUUCAAGAAGGUGAAGCCUCUCUACGAGAAACUCUCCCAGAAGCAGCAACAGCAACAGCAUAGAACGGGAGGAGAGGCUGGCGUACUGUUAACGGCGGAGGCUGGUGCAACAACGACAACUACAACGACGACGACGACGACGACGUCGGUUUUGUCUCUGUUAACCAAGACGGAGAGAUCUACCAAACAAACCGAGGGUACUAAUAAGAGAGGGAGAAAAGACAGUAGUGUGACUGCACUUUCUCACUCUUUCUCGGGGAAUCUCAGAUACCCGAGAAGAAGAAGAAGCUGCGUUUCGAGUUGUCCUUCUUCCAUGAGAUCAUCGCCCAACCAUUCUGGUGUGCUUUCUCAGAGAGCUGCUGCCGCCGCUGCUGGUAUGUAUUGCGGAGACACUUCUACAAUGGAAGAGUUGCAGAGUGCAAUCCAAGGAGCUAUCGCGCAUUGCAAGAACUCUUUGAUUCAGACCAACAAAACAAUGGUCAGUAACGAAAUCUAAGUCUAAUUAAUUAAUCUAAUCAAAUCACUCUUUUUCCGUUGUUAAUUAAUUGUCUUCCGCUCUCGAUCUGAUGAAUCAAUUAAACCAACGUACGGUCAUGUUCCAAAAUAAUUUUCUUUUUUCAUUUACCUUUGGAAUAUAUAUAUAUAUCUGACGUGGGGGUGAGGUUAAAAAGCUGCAUGUGAUCUAUGUUUGGAAGUUCCAUUUGGAUUCGGCAGCAAAGAUGAAGAUGGCAAUGACGUUGCAGUGGUCGUAGUAAUUGCUCUGCAACGCUAAAUUGGCACCAUGUGACUUGGAGUUUUCUUGGACAUAUGAUUCCAUUUGUAACGUUACCCGAGCGAGAGCUUCCUCAAAAUCGCGAGCGCAUAUUUAAAUAUUGUACUAGUAGUAGUAGUAGUAUUAUUAUUUGAUCUCAUCCUGAAAAUUAAUUCAACUUGGUGUAUACGUUUAUAAAACUAAUAAAAUCAAAUCAAUAGUACAAUCCAACUUGCUUUCA